UUUAGCCAAUCGAAAGUCAUUCACAAAUGCGUUGCCGAAUAAUUAUUAAGAGUUUGGUAUUCAAUAUUUUGUCUCUUGCGAUGAGGGUAAGUUGGCGUGACCGACACCAAGAGCGCGUAGUAGACUCAAGCCAAUAUGGCGGACGAUUUAGUUUUCGUAGUUCGUAUUCCAUGUGUCCCUCUGCUACACCCAGCGACACAGGAAAUACUAGACAGCCAACGAAAUAUUCGCUUCAUAUCCAGUGACGAAGUCAGUGACAAAAACAGAUCCCGAGUCCAAGGAUUGUAUAUCCACGCUGGAUUCGUCGUUGUCGACAGCGCUUUAAUGGACUGUUAUCCCGAGUUGAGGGUGAUAUCGAGUGCAGGGGUGGGAGUUGAUCAUAUAGACCUUGCUGCUGCCACCAUAAGGGGUAUCAGAGUCGGUAACACGCCUGGUGUUGUCCAGGAAUGCACUGCUGAUCAUGCGAUUGGCCUGUUACUGGCAUCGGCAAGGAAGAUUUGUUCCGGGGACUCAGUGAUACGACAACCCGGAUUUUCAAAGGAAUCAAUUUUCAACUCGUUCGGGACCAAAGUCACCGGCUCAACCCUUGGGAUUGUUGGUCUUGGAGGUGUUGGUUCCGCUGUAGCAAAUCGCGCUAAAGGGUUCAAGAUGAGAAUAUUAUACCAUAAUCGCACCAGAAAGGAGGACAAGGAACUCGAGACUGGUGCUGAGUAUUGCAGUAAGCUAGACGAACUACUCAAGGAGUCAGACUUUGUUGUCUUAUGCUGUGCGCUAACUGAUGAAACAAGACACUUGAUAACAGCAGCACAACUCUCGCAAAUGAAAUCAUCUGCAACACUAAUCAAUGUUGCUAGGGGCGGGCUUGUCAAUCAUGAUGACUUGACAACAGCUCUGCAGAAUGGAGUCAUUCGUGGUGCUGCACUCGACGUGACGGAACCAGAACCACUCCCCCAUGGCCACCCCCUUCUUGCGUUACCUAACGUGAUUGUCACACCACAUGUUGGCGCGACAACGUUUGGUACGUUUAUUGAGAUGAUGCAAAUGGUAAUGGAUAACUUGGCGGCUGGGAUCAGCAAUAAAACUUUGCCAUAUCAAGUAAACUGAGAAAACAGCGCCAACGUCGGCCAGUAUUGCUGCUGGCCCGCCGGUAAUUGUGGGAUUUUUUUAAGUCAUUUAUUUGAAUGAAAAGUAUGGAUUCCGGAUUUCGAAACUAUUUGGAUUCUGGAUUCCAGACUGUGGAUUCCGGAUUUUAAUCUCUGGAUUCCGGAUUCCAAGGGCCCUAAAAACCUGGAUUCCGGAUUCUAGAUUACCUUACAUGGGGCGAGAGGAACCUAGACACUUUAACAGCAGUGAAAAACAUGAGGCAUUGGGGCGCAAUGAAACCAAAUAAAACCACAACAUUAGGUUCUACCUUCUCCCAUACUUUCUCGCUGCUUAACAAACAGCUAUACGUGUACGCGUUUUCAUUGAUUUCAACGUAAAUGUUAUUUUUUGGUAAGCACCGUAUAAGCGACAUCAUACUGCCUACGACCCACGCGGCGAUUACCAUCUUUUUCGCGAAUGCGCGCGUGGGAGCUCGAAGCGGGUGAAAAUAGUUCAAUACUAAUGACCACGAGGUUCAUUAUCGUAAUAAACAGUAAACCGAAUAGCGGGAAGAAAUAUACAAUACAUUGCCAAUUCUCAUUGAAAAUGUUCGCAUAGACAAAGAUAACCAUUAAAGGGACAUUCAAAAUAGAACACAGAACAUCCGACAAGGCCAAGCUCUUCAUAAAGUAGAGUGUAAGGGAGCACUCAAACUUCCUGCGUCUUGAUGGAAUAUUCAUAGCUCUUCUUAUUUUCGUAAACCAACACAAUGGUAUUACCAAUUAAGCCUGUUACACCACAGAACACGAACAAAACCACGAUUGCCAUUUUCAUAGCAGCUGGUACUGCUGAGAACAUGUAGACUCGGGUUGUAUUCGUGUGUGGAUUGGACGAGUUGCCUAAUUCUCCGGACGGGUUUUUAAUCUUUCCUUUUAGGUAAAAAUUUACUUUGCCUGUCGAAGAAAGAAAAAUAUGUAAGAUCUACGUCGAGAAGGAAUAAAUAUAAGCAAAAUUGCAUUUUGUAAAGCUGUUUGGAAAGCAAAAAAUGUCAAAAAGAAAAUCCUUCGUCGUUUUGGAAGCGUCCCUAAGCCCUGAUUUUUUUAAAAAAAAUGUAGAUCAUAAAAUAAAAUAAAAAGAGAACGGACUGCGAAUCACCAUAGAAGCCAACAAGCGAGUAGUCAACUUCCUAGACGUCACAUUCGACCUGAACCGCAACACCUACCAGCCUUUCACCAAACCGAACGCCCCACUACAGUACGUCCACCGCGAGAGCAACCACCCACCUACCAUCACAAA